CCUUUUGUCGUGGAACUGUCGAAUUGUCAGGUCCUGUGACAGGACUCCCUGCAUUAGUCCAUCUUAUCUAGUCAUAUUGUUCUGUUAAUUGGACAGUAAUUUUGACGAUUGGUCCACGUUGAAUCGAGAACAAAUUGGAAUGAAACCAUUUGUGGUUAUACGGAAGCUAGAAACUCAAGACAACAUCCAGUGUCAGAAUGUGGUUAAAGAUUUUAUUAUGGCCGGAGCUUGGGAUGCAUUUGUAUCUUGUUUGUUCCGAGAGAUUACCCUCCAGCUAAUCGUCAUUGUCUGGGCCAUAAUGUUUAUAUUUUUUGGAAUACCGCUUUUGAUGUGCUGUAUUGCAAUACCUGUUGUAGUGGGUCUUAUUUUAUUUACUACUUAUGGAAGUUACUUCAACAAAGCUAAUGAAUUAGCUAUCAGAGGAGGCAAUAAGCUUUGCUGGGUAGCGGAAAUCUACGAGCCACGCGUUGUCAAUGGGCUGGUAAAAAGUUUAGAAGUGGAUCAAUUUUAUGACGAUGUUCCAGAAAUAGACAAAAACGAAGCAAACAAAAUGAGGCGAAAAAUAAUUGGUACUAUUAGUUGCAAGAGUCAUUUGUUAUUAGAGAAUUCCGGCUGGAUAUACAGAUUGGCUGUUUGCCCUAAGUAUCCAUUCAGAGAUAUUGCAGAGCAUUUAAUCAAUCGAGUUCUAGUAAAUGCUGUUGAUAACCAGCUGCUUACGGUUGAAACAUCAACUUCGGAAUGUGAUGAAAGCAUUCGAGAAGUUUAUCUCAAAAUAGGCUUUACACUACGUUUAGCUUACCACAAGCAGAUCAUCGGUAAUACAUUAAAAAUAAUGAAAUCUCAGUUAGGAAUCGAUCCUUUCGAAUGGAAUCAAAGUCGAGAGCAAAUCAAUGUCGAAUUGUAAUAAUAUUGGUAUCAUAUCGAACAUCGUCUUUGAACAUUUUUCCGAAACAGUAAGGACUUUUUCUAUUUAUACUAGUAUACCAAAUCUCAGUUGAUUCUGCCGUGAUACUCUUACUAGUACUAGAUUUUUUUGUUGAACAUUUUUAAGAAUACAAUAUAUGACCACUAA